AUGGGUUGUAAGUGGUUUUUGGUGUUGUUAGUGAUGAAAUUGGUUUGUUUGGUUGAGGGGUGUUGGGAUGAAGAGAGAACUGCCCUUCUUCAACUUAAACCUUUUUUCAACUAUUAUAAUUCUGACUACAAAUAUCACAAGCUUUACAACUGGGUGGAGAAUUCAAACUGUUGUAAAUGGGAAGCGGUUGAGUGCAACAUCACUGGCAGAGUCACCAAACUCACUCUUUCUGGAGAAAGUUAUUCGGAUCUGGAAGAGCCCCGAUAUCUAAAUGCAUCUUUGUUUUCUCUUUUCCAACAACUACAAAUACUGUAUUUAGAUAACAACAAUAUAAACGGUUGUAUUGAGAACGAAGGUUUGAGUAAUUUGGAGAUUCUGGAUUUAAGUCGUAACAACUUCAAAAGUAGAAUAUUAUCAUCUUCGAGUGAUCUCUUUUCAUUAAAAUCUUUGCAUCUGAAUGAAAUUGGAUUGAAUGGAACUGUUGAUGUUGAAGGAUUAUAUUCCUUGAAAAACUUAGAGGAAUUGGACAUGAGUGGGAAUAAGAUUGACCAAUUUGUAAACUUCAAAGAUUAUGGAGGCUUGAAGAACUUGAGUAUCCUUUAUCUAUAUGGCAUGGAAACCAUUAAUGCAACUGCCCUUUUCCUAUCAACAUUGAUGUCAUUCUCCUCCUUAAAGACGCUUAACCUUUCAUAUAAUAAUGCUACUCAAAUAAAGAUUACUCGAGAGUUGCACAAUGUGACUGACAGCUUGGAAGUAUUGAACUUGGAUAAUAAUAAGCUCCAUAUCAAUUUUCCAAAUAUUGUUAAAAUUUGUCCUUCACUAAAAUAUUUGUCAAUGAGCUAUUGUGAGUUUAACGGCUUCUCAGAAAUUGAAGGUAUAUAA